UGCGCCGGCUGACGCGUCGCACGCCUUCGCCGCGUUAAUAAUAAUAUAUAUUUUUUAAAUCCAAGUUUGCAACAUAAUAAUACAAAUUAUAGUUAUGUGAUUUAAAUUUAUUCCGUUGUGCCAUAAGUGAUGUUAUAGUGUAAAAAUGGGUGUGAUAUUGAAAUUAUUUAUUGUGACGGUUAUUCUGCCCUGUGUUUUUGGGCAAGAACAAGAAUGUUUUGGUGCUGGAAGCGUGGCCGGGGCAGCGAUCGGUGGCUUUAUUGCAGCACUUAUUUUAAUAGUAGCGGCGUAUUACUUGAGGAAAUUGUAUUGUAAAUCCCGUGAAGGGAAGCAUAUAAUCCUGUCCAAAGACCCCGAGUCUGUGAAGGAUGAAUUCGCCUUCGACAACCCUGGCUUCAAAGAGGGCUGGCAGCAUGAGGCACCAACCCUACCACUCGGAGGGAACAUGACCUCCCAAAUAAAAUCUGACUUCAAUAACAAACCCGAGUUCAGCAAAGAUGAUUCCCAUUUACAGUUAACCAAGAUACGUCGAGUUAAAUUGUGGGCUCGCGACUUCACGGGCUUAGGUUUAACGUGUGGGGGUGGUGCUAGAGAUGGUGUUUGUAUCCAUUCUGUGAUGAGAAGUGGCCCCGCUGCCGCCGCUAUGCUGCAACCUGGUGAUAAGAUAAAGAGCAUCAAAAUAGAGUUCAAUGGCACUCCGCUCGAGGAUGCUGUAGCGAUAUUAUCUCUGGCGUCUCCAUAUCCUGUCGAGUUGGAGGUGAUGGAAGGUGGCAGAGUCAGUGGUGAGAGCUGGCCCGUUUACCAUCCGCUGAUGAAGGCUGGAUCCACUGGCGAUGUGAGCACGCUGGAAAAAGCGGGGAAACUCCUGCAACCACCGAAAUCACCGAACGUAUCGAACUCAAACAAUUCAACCCUCGAAACGAAGCAUUCGAAAUCAGGAAUAAAAAAGAUAAUCACAGAAAAGAUAACGACUAUAGAAAGAAAUAAAAAGGAAAGAAAGGAUGGACCCAGCACACUAGAGAGAGAAAACGAAAAGAAUCUGAAGCUCGCGACCAAAACCAGACAUUCAGAUGCGCCAACAUCGAAACCUGAGAGGAGUAAAAAUAGACUAUCCUCAGGAAGUGACGUACAAAUAAUAGUCCCUGACAAUAACUCGCACAUAGAACAAGCGGAAGUACAGAAGAGAGAAUACGAUCCGAAGAGAGGAAUGAAAUUCGGUAUAAGAGUCCUCCCACCGAACGUCCCCGACGAUGGAGUGUUGAAGAAGAGCGUGGAGAAUGGAGCUGUCACCGCCGAAAAGGCCAUCGACGAACCAGACAAACCUGAACCACAAAGACAAGCACCCGUACAUAUAAAACACGAGAACGAAACGGAUCAAAAGAAACCGGUUGUCGCUAAACGGAGAGAGAAGUUAGCGCCGCCUAUACCUAACGCCAGAUCUAAAGUAGAAAUGGAGACUAGCCAUGAAAUAUCAAAGACGUCAGACACCUCGACAUCAUCAUUCAGUAGAACUGAUCUGAACUCCAGCGGCAUCAAGAGAGACGAGAACGGCAUACCUCAAGAGUUACCUCAGCACAUGUUCGACGCAGCCAAAGCAGCCAGGAGCAACAGAAAGAGCUCGUCAGAUUUAGUGCAAGAUAAGGAACCAAAAAAGGACGAAGCGCCGAAACCUGCAAAAAAAUCUAAAGGCAAAGCACCUUCCCCGCCGGAACCGGAAAAGAAAGACAGCACUCUAGAAGACAUAAAGAACUUACAUGACUUUUUGAACAACGAAAAGCAUCACUCAAGUCUACUACACGAUACAGCAACUUCAACUAGAACCACAUACAACACAUCGACUCCCAAAGCAAACAAAACCAAAUCCAGAAUGGACGAAUCUAUUAACUUCUCGCAAGAAGAUAUAGACGAUAUCGUCAAGCCGUUCAAGCGAGAGAGCGACUCCUUGAACAACUUCUUCGAGGACUCCAAAUCUAAUCUGUCAUCUAACCAGGACGUACAUUCUGUUAUGUCAUUGAAUCAUAGCGACAAAAGCGACAGGGGCUCCACGACCAUCGAACUCGACAAUAGCGAUAUCACCAUACACAGCUCUCCGCUAAACGAAACCGAACGAUCGGCGUCAGACGCCUCCCCGGUGGAGGAUAAUGAGCGGAAAGCGACAUCUCUCGGUGACUUGUCGCGCUUCGAAUUGAAAGCUAAGAUUAGCAAGCCGUCCGGCGGCACUUUGGAGAGGGCGCAAAGUUUGGAUAUAUCGGUCGACGAUGGCGACAUCCAAGAGAGUACUCUAUCGCCGAAGAAAAGAAAGGCCAUGUCGGUGGUCGAAUCCACGUUCUUUGAUUCAGGCAACGAGGACAUCUUACCUGAAAUGAUAGAUCCGGAUAAAGGAAUUGUUAUUAAGCAUAAAGAACCGAGACUAAGCUUGAAUAUAGCGAAGACAUCGGCCAUAGAAGGUUUGGAUACAUUCCAGAGGAAUCGGCUGAAAAAAGCUUCAGAAUUCGGUAACUUAGAGGACGCUAUCGUCAAAGGAUCUAACAGUUCUAUGGAGUCUGCGAGAUAUGAAUCCCAUGAGGCUAUUUAUGGGAAAUCACAGUCUACCGCGCAAAAGACCCAAGAAGAACACGAAACAUCAGAUCACUUAGCGCGAAGAAUAAUGGACGAAAACUUGAAAGUUCACUUGAAGCUCGUAUCAGAAUUCGCCAAAUCUACAUCCGAGAGCAGUUCCAGUACAUUGGAUAACAGCCAGGAACAAAAUAUAACAAAAACUGCAACUACAUCCCCAAUAAAAUACGAGGAGAAAAUAACUAUGAGCUACGACACGAACGUUCCCGACGAUAUGAAAGUGUCGCGUAGUUCGUACGCUAACAGCCUGGAGCGGCCUAAAUCCGAAAUGAUGAAGAAACUUCUGGCCAAAAAUCCCAUAUUUAAUGUCAACAUCGACCAAACACAAUCUGCAAACAAAUACGAAGCGAACACAAGCAAAGAGACCCCAGCACUGACGGACUCGUUCAAAUCAUCUCACCACACACUACACCAACCUGACAUAGUUAACUUCGAUUUAAAAACAUCACCGACAUCGAAGGUCAGGGAUUACGACGAAUACAUCAGCAACAUAAGAGUCGGUUCAAAUAACAACAGUUUGAAAAUCAACAAACAACAACAGUUUAGCAGAGAUUGGUCCGAGUCUAAGAAUAUAGAACAAGACAACGUCGUCACUAUAAAAACCGGCGAUGAUUUGCCAGAGAAACGCAGUUCAUACACCAAGUCCAUAGAAAUAGGUGAAAGUAAUCGCUUAAUACCCGAUCUGGUGGAAGGAAUAAAAAAUAAAACAGACGAAAAACAAACCAGGACAUUGUACAUGGAACCAGCUAACGUGUCGCUGACCAUGACGCAGGAGCCGGUACAGAAGACGGUCACGGUUAAUGUAAGCGAAGACGAAUACGGGAAUAAAGUCGUUACACAGAACGUGGAGAAAAUUACCACGCAAUACAUAACGAGCAAAGUCGAGGCGCCGCUACAAGUCGAACAGAUUAGCUUCGGAAUGAUGAGAGGAUCUGACAUCAACGAAAUGGAGUUAGAAGAAGGAAACGUCAAGGAUAUCGAUAGGAAUGUUCUAGAAGAGAUAAAGAGGAAGAAUCCGAACAUACAUUUCACGUCAACCGAGCCGUCAUAUACAAGAACUGAAACUAUUCUACUGAACACGACCAACAUGGACGAAGAACAAGCGAGAGCGUUGAUGGAAAAGCUGCAAAACGACCCCAACUUUAUGGCACAGAAAUCUACAGAGGAAUUAUCACGAAUGGGAAUCCGAGUUUUUCAUGACUUAGACGAUAAAUCAGAUAUCAACAAAGAAACAAUGGAAGUCACAAAAACUAGAUACGCCAUAAAUCCAUCGACUAUAAUAAGCGAAACAAAAUGCAUCGGAACAACACAGGAAAAGGACAAAGAGACACAAAGAGAUCACAUAACAGAAAUCCAAGUGCGACCAAAAACAGAAAAACAAGAGAACAAAACUGAAUACAAAAUAACGAACGCGCAAAGAAAUCCAACGAAGGCGUACGAAGAACCGCUGCUGUCCUACGAACUGGACAUAGAAAUGUUGAACGACUUCAUAAUAAACGAGAGACAUCACUCAGCGAAACACCUCGCCGAGCUCAAGAAACGAAACGCACAGAACGAGUCAAAGAAACGACAUUCAGAUUUCGACCUGCCAAGGAACAGUCACAUAAAAUUCAGAACAGCCACAUACGAAUCCCCCAAAGGAACCAUCGUCACUAGCACAGAUCUAGAAAAUAGACGUCUAUCACAGCUAGAUCAAAUGCAAUUAAGAUCGCCGAGUGAGGUCAUACAGCCCCAAAAACCGGUGAUAUCGGCAAAACCGAGCAGCAUACCGGUUAAAGACAAGAAACCGAUGGGUUUCGUGUCAUCAAAGAUACCGGUGUUUGGUACGCAAAAAUCGCUAAGCCAGGAGAAUCUGACCGAAAAAAGUUUCUCUAUACCACGGUCGUCUCAGAAUUUCAGUAGUAGCUCGGGUAAUAUUUCUAUCACAUCCAUAAAAUCUAGUUCCAAAAGUCCAAGCGGUGGCAGAUUAUGAAUUAUUUUUAAAAAUCGAACGGUGUAGACUGGCGUUACUUUAGUUUUAGAUGAACUUAAAAAAAAAAGUGCCAGAAAAAAAAACAUAAAUUAUUAAACGGUGUCUUAAUGUGCCUUAUUUUAAUAAAACUAACGUAUUUAGGUUGUGAAGGAAGAUGUUUAAAAAAUAUUUUUUAGUUUUAGAUUUCUGUCACAACAUUGAUCAUAGAAAUAAUAUCGUGUUUAAAAUAUACUAACAAUAUUAUAUCCGUCCCAAAAGUAUUACCAUAUGAAAUAAUAAGUUAUUUUUUUUUUUUUAUAAACAGCCAGAUUAUGUUUUUCUUUAAGUCUUCCAAGGAAUAUUAUUGCAUAUAUAAGCUAAUACUGGUAGUAUGUGAUCAUAGUGUUUUUUUGUUUUGUAUAAUGUUACAAUAGUUGUAUAUCAUUAACAUUUUAUUAUCACAAUUAUACAAAUUGUAAUUUUAUUGAUGUAUUAUAAAAUAAAGACAAAUUUUAAUGUU